UCAGUUCUUGGAGAGGCAGCUGAUCAGAGGGUGUGGGUGGUGGACACACGCCGCCAAGGAGGUCUGAAGACUUCCAUUAGUGGACAAGACCUGGUUCCUCAUGCAUGACGUGAGAACACUCGGGAGGACUUCGCGGAGGAACCACAAGCCAAAAAAAGGGUUCUUCGGCCAUCUUUGAGAGGAGCGAUGUCCUGGUUGUCACCCGUGUCCUGGGCCAAAUGGACCUGGACCGCCGUGCGAGGAGGAGAGGAAGGAGAGGAAGGAGAGGAAGGGAGCGAGAAGGUGCCUAGGGAAGAGGAGGAGGAGGAGGAUGAUGAGGAGGAGCGAUCGCAAGGCUGCAGCUCGGACUCAGAUGGUCACUUCGACACCCCCGAGGCAGCGACUCCUGUCCACGGCCCGCCCUCGGUCCCGGCAGAGCUGGAGAGAGCCAACAAAACAGAUGUGGAGCAAGACCAGGACCUGAUUGUCACAGCUCCAUUUGUGGAGGAUAAUAGUUGGCUCUGCCACAACAUGGGUCAAGAUGAGCCUGUGCAAGACCCACUGGAGAAGACCACCAGUCGCCUGGAAGCACAACAAAAUGGCAACCUGUCAAAGCCGAAAGACUCUCAGCCAACCUUUGAUUUAUUCUUAGACAAAGUGGCAAAAAGCACAGUUCUAUUGACAGAACCACCUUGUGAAGAGGCAUUGGUUCCAGAAGUGGCAAAAUGCACCGUUCCAUUGACAGAUCCACCUUAUAAAGACCCAUUGGUUCCAGAAGUGUCAAAAUACACAGAUCUCUUGACAGAACCACUUUGUCAAGAGGCACUGGUACCAGAAGUGGCAAAAGGCACAGUUCCAUUGACAGAUCCACCUUAUAAAGACCCAUUGGUUCCAGAAGUGUCAAAAUACACAGAUCUCUUGACAGAACCCCCUUGUGAAGAGGCACUGGUUCCAGAAGUGGCAAAAUGCACAGUUCAAUUGACAGAUCCACCUUAUAAAGACCCAUUGGUUCCAGAAGUGUCAAAAUACACAGAUCUCUUUUCAGAACCACCUUGUGAAGAGGCACUGGUUCCAAAAGUGGCAAAAUGCACAGUUCCAUUGACAGAGCCACCUUAUAUAGACCCAUUGGUUCCAGAAGUGUCAAAAUAUACAGUUCCAUCAACAGAACCACCCUGUGAAGAGGCAUUGGUUCCAGAAGUGGUACAAUGCACAGUUCCAUUGCCAGAACCACUUUGUAACACAAUUGCUUUCUUAGAUAAAGACCCAAAUCCGGAUUUUGCUCCAGCUUUUUCCAUUGUUCGUGGAAUUGAUUCGAUCCAAUUCAGUCAAGCUGAACUCAACCAUGCUGUGAGUUUCCCAGAAGAGAAACCUCUUGUUGAUUCAGAACCACAAGGCAAUAGUGUCGUCAACCAGGCAGUUAAGUCCAGCUCAAAAACUAAAACACGCAAAUCUAAACCGCCAUCCUUGGCACUAAAGGACACAUCCAGGGAGGAAGUACAACAAUCAAACAAGGAGGAACAAGAACUUGUUCCCAAAGCUUCUUAUAACUUUGACCCUGACCAGUUAGAUGAUUGCUUUAAUCCUUUCACUACCGGAGGAUCCAAAAUCCAGAAUUCUCCACCACCAUGCAGUACAAUAGCCUUCCCAAGACUUGAGCCACUUGGUAGUGCUUUGUUGACCUGUGAGGACAGCGCGGCAGCAGCUUCAGCAGAGGAAUCAACUUUGGGGGCAAAACCCAAGAUGCUGGAGUUUGUUGUGGAUGAGGGCACAGUCAAAAAGCCACCGCCAAAGAAAUUAGGAAACAGAAAGACAACCAGCAAACUCAAAAAGGAAGUAAAGCCCAAAGUGCCAGAGACUUCCUGUGAACCUGCACCAGAACCUGUCGUAUCAGAAUCAGUUCCAGACCCAGCAUCUCUUUCUGAGCCAGCUCCAGAAACACAUUUGCCUGUUUCAGACUCCACUGUGCCUCUAAACCUGGACGACGUUCCCAUUCCUCGCAAGGGAACAUAUAACUUUGAUCCCGCUCAGUGGGAUGACCCCGACUUCAACCCCUUCGGGAGCAACAGCAAGGUGGACAGUUCACCAGUGCUCCCCGGAGGCUCCUACACCUUCGACCCGGACACUUUGGACAACUGUGCGGACCCUUUCCAACCCUCUAAAACCCUGGGCAACGAGGAUUCGUCCAGUCGUUCCCCUCAGCCGGAGAAAAAACAGGAAGACGGAAGCAAAGUGAAAACAGAGCACCCGGCGGGCGCAAAGAAAGUUCGACAAAGCGCCAAGAAAAGCAAAGAAAGGACGGCCAAGAAGACCUGCAAAGUUGACCAACAUGAUGAGAGCCAGUCCCAGACGUGCAAGCAGGAAGAGGAGGUUCAGAGCCCGGAGAUCUCGCAGCCAGUUCACCACGCCACUGACGAGGAGAAGCUGGCGUCCACGGGCAUCGCGGGUCAGACCGCAGACCAGCACCAGCCCAGAGGGGAGCCGGACCAUGCCAACAAGAAGCCAAUCAUGCCCAUCAAAGAUGACGAGGAGACCAAGAAGAUCCACUGCAAGGAGCAGAAGAACAUGAGUGCUUCCAAAGAAGAUGUAAGUAAAGAUGCAUGUGAGACAUGCGUGGAUGUGACCAGAGCCACGGACACAGAGGUGGUGUCUCCAGACAAACUACCCCUGACUGAGAUGGACAAGGCUGCAGUGCUCACUCUCAUCAGAGAGGAGAUCAUCGCUAAAGAGGUGGAAGUCAAUGAGUGGAAGACAAAGUACGAGCAGAGCCGAGCUGAGGUUCUGGAGAUGAGGAGCAUUGUUGCAGAGUAUGAGAAGACAGUUGCACAGAUGAUUGAGGAUGAACAGCAGCAGAAGACACUGUCCUGCAGUAAGUCGGUCAGGCAGCUCACCAUGGAGAGGGACCAGGCCCUGGCCGACCUCAACUCCGUGGAACGCUCCUUCGCCGACCUCUUCAGGAGGUACGAAACCAUGAAGGGGGUCCUGGAGGGCUUCAAGAAGAAUGAGGAAGCGCUGAAGAAGUGUGCCCAGGACUACUUGACACGCAUCAAGCAGGAGGAGCAGCGUUACCAAACUCUCAAAGUGCAUGCGGAGGAGAAACUGGAUAGGGCCAAUGAGGAGAUAGCGCAGGUACGGUCUAAGGCCAACUCGGAGGGCGUGGCGCUGAAUGCCAGCCUGAGGAUGGAGCAGAUGAAGGUGGACUCGCUGGAAAUGGCCGUCGUUCAGAAAAAUCAGGAGAUUGAGGAACUCACUAAGAUCUGCGAUGAGCUUAUCGCCAAGCUUGGAACGGAAUAAAAUCACGUGGCAUCCCUUUUCAAAGACGCGCACAAAACAACUGACUCAUGUUUGAGUGUGUGUGCACAUCAUAUUCCAACGCCUGCCUCAUAACAAAAUAUGGAUUCAGACCAGUGCUCAAUAGGACUCUUUGGCAUCCACAGGUCAUGCUCAAUACAUUAGAAAUAGACAAAAAAAAUGGACUUAUUUCAGUCAUUUUAUUAUAAAAGUGAUACGCACACAGACUAAUGUAAUCUAUUUACAAUGUUUAUUUAUUUUCAUAUUGAUGAUUACAACUGAAAACUCAUGAAAAUCCCAAAUUCAGUAUCUCAUAAAAAUUACAAUAUUACUUAUGACCAAAAAAAACAUGAAAAAAAGUAUGAAAUCUCAAUACUCAUUAGGUAUCUGGAUACUGGAUACUGAAAUAUCGAUACCGCCAGAUCAUUAUGCUCUAAUAUCGAUCCUCAAAUCAAAUUAUCGAUACUUUAGUUCGGGACUAACUGUUUGUAAUUCCUUUUUCUGAUGUUGAUCUCAUAAAGGAUGAAUAAAUACAUCAAUUACUUUUUUGUUUUGUUUGAUCAGCCGUUUUACUGCCGUGUUGCAGGCAUCCUUUGGAAAGGUAUCUAAAUACACAUUUACAAAAACUUUCUAUGUAAAUAUCUCAUUUCACAACAUACCUGUAUAUAUUUGCCACUUCUAGUCCGGUGCGGCUAAAAUAUGAAAAAAAUCAUGUUUUUCCUUCUAGAAUUUAGUGGGUGCGGCUUAUAUACCGGCGCGGCUUGAUUUAUGUUAAUUGUUUUAAUUGACCUACGUUUUGUAGCGCGCUUUGUCAUUUCUAUCAGUUAAUAGCGCUUUAUAAAUCAAAUGGAGUUACUUAAGUGAUAUUCAAAUUUUUGGAGGUACUGAAUUUUGGGAUUUUCAUUAGUUUUCAGUUAUAAUCAUCAAAGUCAAUCAAAGUUUAUUUCUAUAGCCCUAAAUCAUGAGUGUCUCAAAGGGCUGCACAAGCCACGACGACAUCCUGGGCUCAGAUCCCACAUCAGGGCAAGGAAAAACUCACCCCAAUUGGAUGACAAUGAGAAACCUUGGAAGGGGACCGCAGAUGUAUGAACACCCAAUACUCAUUAGGUAUCGGGAUACUGUAUACUGAAAUAGAUACCGCCAGAUCAUUAUGCUGUAAUAUCGAUCCUCAAAUCAAAAUAUCGAUUCUUUUGAUACUUUAGUUCGGGACUAACUUUUUGUAAUUCCUUUUCCUGUUUUAUUAGGGACCGAGUCCCUAUUGAAUUUCUAGCGUUUUAUUAUUAUACCGCCGCCUCUUUGAGCUGUAAUUUGACCCCCUUAACAUGCUUCAAAACUCACCAAAUUGGACACACACAUCAGUACUGGCGAAAAUUGCGAUCUAAUAAAAAAAAAAAAAACUCAAAAUUGCGCUCUAGCGCCCCCUAGGAAGAAAACACAGACAAAACUGCCUCUAACUCCCAAUAGGAAUGUCGUAGCGACAUGAAACAAAAACCUCUAUGUAGGUCUCACUUAGACCUAGAUUUCAUACACUGACAUCCUUCAGCAAAAAUCAACAGGAAGUUUGCAAUUCCCCCUUCAAAACAAAAGUUGAGUAAAAACAGUCACCUUUUCUCAAACAUUAUCUCCUCUGAGCGUGUUUGUCGUGUCGGCUUCAAAUUAGCACAGGAGAGAGAUUGAACCCUUCUGAUUAAAAGUUGAUGAAAGAGUUUUAAUUACUGCUCCGGUUUGGAUUUUAUGAGCCCUCAAAGUCGGUCCCGUCCAUUGCUGCUUGCAGCUUUAAUUUUAAUUGUUUUAAUUGACCUACGUUUUGUACAGUGCUUUGUCAUUUCUAUCAGUUAGAAGCGCUUUAUAAGUAAAAUGGAGUUACUUAAGUGAUAUUCAAAUUUUUUGAGGUACUGAAUUUGGGGAUUUUCAUUAGUUUUCAGUUAUAAUCAUCAAAGUCAAUCAAAGUGUAUUUCUAUAGCCCUAAAUCACGAGUGUCUCAAAGGGCUGCACAAGCCACGACGACAUCCUGGGCUCAGAUCCCACAUCAGGGCAAGGAAAAAACUCAACGCAAUGGGAUGACAAUGAGAAACUUUGGAGGGGACUGCAGAUGUGGGGACACAUCGAGUCAAAAAAAUCAAAAUAAAUAAACAUUCCAAAUAUAUCAGUCUGUUUGUAAUGAAAGUUUCACUUGUUGAAUGAAAUUGCUGAAAUGAAUCCACUUUUUGGUCAUAUUCUAAAUGUAUUGAGCGGACACAAUUUCCAAGAGCCUGCAGGAAAACAUUAGCCUAAAUCACCUUGGUUUUAAAAUAAAGACUCCACUGCUGGUUCAUUUUUAGUUCCUCUGCCAUUUUCUGACCCUGCCUUGAAUUGGACAACUGAUGAUUUGUUACAGAAUCAAAGGGAUCAUGAUUUAAUAAGAGCACUUGAGUUCCUCGCCCAGAAUACUGCGUGUGUGACAGUGAUGCUGCAUGCCUUGUAAAUAAGUUGUAUCUUCCAUCUGUGAGUCCAAAUCAACUGUGCCUUUGUCCAUUUUGUACAAGCAGAGAAAGUUGCGUACUCGUUUCUUCAAAGUGAACAACCCGUGACGUGAGAGUGACUUGUGACGACUGCGCAGUUGGAACAUGUUCUAGCCUUGACGGAAUUCUCAGGUCUGAUUCUUCCAGAGGGAACAUAAAGUGAUGGAUGCUCUGCUCCUUCCGUGGAAGCACAAUCUAUUGCCAAAAUCACGUCAUCACAGAUCCUGUUGCUGUGGUAUAUUUCUUGCAUUUGAAGACGUGUGUAUAUUUAAUACUCUGUGAAAAUAUACGUAUACUUUAUUUUGCUCAUCAUGUUUGUAAAUGGAAAUACUGCUAUGCUCACUUUGGAUGUUGACGGCUAUAUUUUGUGCAUUCCUGAAUAAAGACUUCAUGUUUAGUUGUGUAAA